GCAAUCCAAGCUAAGAAAUAUCCACAUUCAUUUCAUUCAAUCUUCUAAUAAAACCCUAGCCUCGACCGACCCAACACAGCGAAGAACACCAACAACAAGUUUUCAACACCAACAAGCGAAAAAGAAAAAACCUUAGAAACAUGUCAGGAGUUGGACCUCUCUCUCAGGAUUGGGAACCGGUGGUGCUCCGCAAGAAAGCCCCCACUGCCGCCGCCCGCAAGGACGAGAAAGCUGUCAACGCAGCCCGCCGUAGCGGCGCCGAGAUCGACACCGUCAAAAAAUUUAAUGCCGGGACAAACAAAGCUGCUUCUAGUAGUACUUCCUUGAAUACGAAGAGGCUGGAUGAUGAUACAGAGAAUCUGGCUCAUGAUCGUGUACCAACUGAGCUCAAGAAAGCUAUAAUGCAGGCCCGGAUGGACAAGAAACUCACCCAAGCUCAACUUGCUCAAAUCAUCAAUGAGAAGCCUCAAGUGAUCCAGGAGUAUGAGUCAGGGAAAGCCAUUCCAAACCAGCAGAUAAUUGGCAAGUUGGAGAGAGCCCUUGGUGCCAAACUGCGUGGCAAGAAAUGAGGAAGCAAAUCUAACGAACAGGGGUGUGUAUUUAGUUUUAGAUUUUUAUUUCACUGUCCAAGGUUGGUUGCAUUUGCACGCUUAUUUUGUGUGUAUGCUAGAGGGACAACUCGUGUGUUAACUGUUCAAACAUGAUGUAUCAUCAUAAAUAAGGAUAUGUUAUCAGCAUAAAUUUACCUUGGAGCAGAUGAAUAUGAUGCCAUCAUGAUAUAUCUGAAGAUUCAUAAUGUGUUUCAUUCAUAGUGGA